CAUUCGUAACAAAAGUAUUCUAUUGGAACAUUUUCAAAAACAAUGAGUCCAAUAAUGCUUUACAUAAUUUCCUUCUUUGCAGUGCUUCUGGUUUCAUCAAAUGUAUUCCUUGAAGCGGCAGUUGUUGGUGUGAACUAUGGAAUGGUAGGAGACAACCUACCGCCCCCGACUGCAGUCGUUAACCUCUUAAAAUCGAAAAAUGUAGACAAAGUUCGUCUUUUUAGUCCAGAUUCUAAUGCCCUAAAUGCCCUACGAGGGUCAGGAAUCGGAGUUGUACUUGGUGUCCCUAACUCAGAUGUCCAAACGAUGGGAAAUGAUCCCUCAUUUGCUAGAAACUGGGUUAAUACCAAUGUUGUUGCAUUCAGUAACGUUCAAUUUCGAUACAUUUCAGUUGGAAAUGAAAUCAAUAUUCCUACAGCUGCAGAGUCGGAUUUCAUUCUUCCCGCCAUGAAUAAUAUUAGAGAUGCACUUAGAGCUGCUGGGAGAACAACUCAAGUAAGUACAACUACUUUUAUGGGUCUGGUUGUAGAUUCAUUUCCUCCGUCCAGGGGUCGAUUUUCCGACGGCGCCGAGAACAUAAUGCGAUCAAUAGUAAGGUUUUUGGUAGAUAACAGGACUCCUCUCCUUGUAAAUAUCUAUCCUUACUUCGCGUACAGCAGAAACCCACAAGAAAUAGGGUUGGAUUAUGCAUUGUUUACCGCAAAUCGAGUCGUCGCAACAGACAGCGGUAACGGACUGCAAUACAGCAACUUGUUUGAUGCUAUGACGGAUGCAGUAUAUGCGGCGAUGGAUAGGGUUGGUGGAUCCAGCAUCGAUAUUGUCAUCACCGAAAGUGGAUGGCCAUCCGGUCAAAAUGGAAAUAUUGCAACAAUUACAAAUGCCAAAACAUAUGUUACCAAUUUGAUUUCACAUGUAUCUGGAACAAAUGGAACCCCAAGGAGGCCAGGAAGGAGCAUAGAGACUUAUAUUUUUGCACUUUUUAACGAGAAUCAGAAGGACGGCCUCCCGACUGAGCAACAUUUUGGCUUGUACUACCCUGAUAUGAGACCAAUCUACCCUGUUACUUUCCGUUAGGCAAUCACCCGAAGGUUAGCUGCAUGACUAAGAUAUUUUAAAGAAAAUAUCCAUGUAUAUGCUAAUUCAAUGAGGUUAUAUAUCUAUUUGCUUAAAUAAAUGAUGUAAUAAACAGUUACCUGUAAUGACAUGAUGAGGUAAACACCAUAUACCAUGUCACUUGGGUUCAACUAUAUGUAAUGUGGUCCAUGUAGUGCCGUCAAUGGUUCCUUGCUUUGCUUAAUAAUAAAACACUAGAUUAUGAAUGUA